AUGAGCCAGUCGAUAACGUCACGUAUCAAAUCAAGGCUUUUCCAAGGUAAUAAUGAUAAUGAUACUUAUACCAACAAUACUGAUACAGAUGGAGAAGGAUCCAAUACCAAUAAUUCAAAUAAACAAACGAAUAGGAUAGGGUCACUUCCGACCAUGGAUUUUACAACACACAUAAAUGAAGGUUCUGAACUGAACCCAAUUUCAGAAGCGAGUUCCUCUCUACCUGAGACUCCAAAGAACACCAACAAGGAUACAACUCCAAUAGAAGAAGAUAAUAAAGAAAAUGAAAUCACAGGUAGUAUAGCACCGAAUCCCAAUAUCAACUCUAAUAGUAGGAUAAGAAGAUUAAAGAAUAGAGUAUUUGACAUGAACUUUAGACCAAGUAGAAGUGCCUCAAAGGAAAUUACCCCGAACACAUUUGAACAACCCAAAAACACAAGUGACAUACAAAAUUUAGGAGAUGGGGAUAUAAUCCCAAUGGAAUUAUCAAUAACUAAGAACACCACAAGGACAACAAGAAAUUCAUUCAAUGGAAGUCCCAUCAGACGAAGUUUGGAAAAGUUUCCAAUAAAGGAUGAUGAAUUUCACAACUACAAUGAAAUGUAUCGUACAUUUUCUGAAUCAUCUGCAUACUCAUCUCAAAAUACAAAAUCAAAACCAGGUAGAAACCAUUCAAGACAUCCAUCCACCACUCUCCCCGUGAAAACAACAUCAGAAAACAGAGGAUCAAAUUCUCCACCUUUUAGGUUAUACAAUGUAACAGCAUUACGCCAUUUAAGAUCUAACGAUGACAAUAUCGAAUUACCCAAGUACCCCGGAGAGGAAGAACAUAAGAUAUUAACACCUCCAAACCUAUCUGCAUCUAUAACUAGGAGGCGUAGUAAGACCGUUGACGUAUAUGACACAUUGAAGAAAAAUAGAACACCUUCAGCCAGACCAACAAGAAUACCUGGUACAGCGAAAGUGAGUCGUUCCAAUUCCUUCAAGUUAAAUGAAUCGCGAGAUAAAAAUGAGAAUAGCGAGCUCUUUACUUCAACUAAGCCAUACCCUCCAACAUCUCCAGAAAGAUUGGGCACCUUUGGUGGACCACUAACAAGGAGAAGUACAGAUACUACGAAUUCGAAACCAUACUCCAGUCAUAAUGCACCAAGUCUUCAGAGCAAUACUAAUUCUACAUUUUCAAUAUCCAGGCGAAGUAAUUCCAUAGUAAAUGCUCUAAGUAGUUUUGUGAAUUUAAGAUCUGGAAGUAGUUCUUCAAAUAAACCACCUCAUUUCCAAAAUUAUAAUUAUCAACCAGAAAGUACAGCACCUGUUAAAUUAUCAGAUUUACCUAUACCUCCAGCGUAUAAAGAAAAUGAGCCAUAUGAAAGUUAUCUGAAAAGAUUAUCAGGUUAUGGAAAAUUCGUUUCUGUAAUUCUAACAGAAAAGCCUGACGACUACAAACUUGGUUGUUUAAAAUUUUUCUUAAUUGAAUAUUUUGAUUUUGCGAUGGAUCCCUUAGAUAUUGCACUUCGAAAACUGUUAAUAUUUUUGGAACUUCCGAAGGAAGCUCAACAAAUCGACAGACUUCUUACAGAAUUCGCUAAAGUAUACUAUGAAAAGCAAAAAUCAUACUAUGGAACUAAUUGCCCUUGGACGAAUCAUAACCAAGUAUACUUUGUAAUAUUUUCUUUACUAGUGCUUCACACAGAUUAUUUCAAUGCGAAUAAUAAACAGAAAAUGACUAGACAGGAAUUUAUUACCCUUGUUCACGAAGAUACAUACUCCGAAGGGGACAAAGUACCCCUAGAAAUAUUAGCAUAUUAUUACGACAAUAUCAUUGGGAAAGAAUCGCCAAAGUUUGAUUUUUCUACAUAUUAUUCCAUGCUAAGUCCUUCAACUCCAAGUUCAAUAGAGUUUACCUAUUCUGAAAAUAACUCUUCCGAGGGAACUUCCAGGACAUCACUUUUACCAUACAAUGCUAGUAACGCGUUAAGCCAACCAAACACAGAAUCUGCGAUCGACUCAAUUGAAGAUGGUGUGAUCCAUAAAGAAAAUGAUAAAACCAUGACCAUAUUGGAUGAAAAUGAUGGAAUAAUAUAUUCUCCAAAAGCAAUAAUAGAGCAAAAUAAAUUAUUCAACAGCAGAAGAACUAGUUAUAAUUCUAAUAAUACAACAGGAGAUAUCGAUGAUUCAGCAAUUAAUGCACUGACACAAGAUUACACGCCACCAUUAUCUUUUAAAGGUCGCCCCUCUUCUAAUUCCAUUUCAUCGUAUUUUUCGAACACAAACAUGACGCCUACACCAAUACCGUCUUCAAAUACUUUUACUACAUUGACACCGGGUGGCGCCGCUGGGAAUCCAUUCUUAUCUGCAUAUAAAUCUAGCGGUACGUCGUCUGCUGAAAUUAAGGAUGAUAUUGAUAUAUAUUAUCACAUUUUCAAUGAUAAUCUUUUCGAAAUAUCAAUGACGUUACAAGUUGUGAAAUUAAUGCCUCAUGAUUUUAGUACUUACAAUGUUACGCCUCAGCAUAAUGAGGAGAAUAAAUACAAGAAGUACUAUGCUAUAUUGAAGGAAUUCAAAGGGGCAUACUUGAGGAUUCCGAAGAACCAUCUCAACAAAUUAAAUAUUCCAAAUUAUGAAAUCAUCAAUCCUAAAGAAACAUCCAACAAUCAAUUAUUAAGGUCCAAAACAAAAUUUUAUUACUUAAAAAUUAUCAGAAUGGGUGAAAUCGAAGAGUUAUCAAGUAAUAAUAGUUGGAGAUCAAAGACUGUGCUUUUAACGAAUUGCGGUAUUCUAAUAUACGAUUCUAACAAAUCAAGUCAUCAUCAUACAUUAAUACCUAGUGGCUCUAUCUUUUCUGAUUCCUCUGAAUUAUUUACAACUGAAGUUAAUAGAAAUGAUAAAACUGGUGAAAGUUAUUACACCGUUAAUUUCAGAAGCGGUUUUGUGAUGUUAUUUAAUGAUGAAUUAUAUGCUGAAACAACUAAAGACGAAUCUAGUUAUCAAAAUAAUGAUAAUAUCGAUAAUAAUGAAGAAUCAAAAGAAAAGGAUUAUCCAUUCAUAUUAUGGGGGACACACGGAAAGUCUAUAUGGAGAUGCAAAAACGACUUCGAAAGAUCAAAUUGGAUCGAUUCAAUUAAUCUUAUUGGAUGUUUUCACGGCACUUCUAACAACUAUCGAUGUUUAAAUGAUACAAUUGUUUGCAAAGAAACAGAAACCAUUGGUCAUAGAUAUUAUGAUUUGCAUAUUAAAAACCAAAAAAUUAUAGAAAAGUUUAAUUUGAUUGAAAGAGAGCUCAUUCUUUUCAAACAAAGUAUUCCUAUCAGUUCAAAGACACGUAACGACAUGAUUAAUAAUACCUUGAAUCUUUCCAAAAAGGUAAAAAUGCUUAUUCGUGAAUACAGAAGGAAUGAUUGUUACAACUUUAUUGUCGAUACACUUAAUCUUGUCAAAGAGGUAUAUCCCACAGACGAAUCUGAAAGUGUUAUCCAAACAAGCGCCAUGUCAGAGGACAGAAUGUUUUCAUUUAAUGAGGAUAGCCUCCAUACAUGUUUUACGGAAAAUAGUGAUGAAAAUGGAGAUCAUUUUAAUGAACCAUUAGAUGGAAGCUCAUUACAUUGA